AUGCCGAGAUUAUUAACAGAUAUCUUGUCGGAAAUCGCACUUAAGAAGCAAUACACUUAUCACGCCCCCAGUAAACACGAUUUCGGUAAACCUCAAGCUCUAUACUUCCUUCCUCAUAAACUUCAGAAUACCCCAUUCCCUUCAACCCAUCAGAUACCCAGGGCGGCCUUACUGUUAGUAUGGAGUGCAUACCUACCCAUUGUUGUUAAUAUGGGAUGA